AGCCUGUGGUGGGGUGUGACCAGCCCGCGCUGCCGGAAGGGAAGCGGGGAAGGGGCGCGUCCGCCGGUGCCCCAGCGAAACCCUUCCGGGCGGGGGCGGGUGCUGUCGGGCGGUUCCCGCGGCGGAAUGGAGUGACCGCGGCGGCCGGCGCCAGUUCUCCCCGGGCGCUCGGGGCUAUGCGAGGGCCGCGCUGCCGCCUGCCCUAGGCCCGGGCGGCGGCGGGGCCCGAUGCGGGAGUACAAAGUGGUGGUGCUGGGCAGCGGCGGCGUGGGGAAAUCCGCCCUCACCGUGCAGUUCGUCACCGGGACCUUCAUCGAGAAGUACGACCCCACCAUCGAGGACUUCUACCGCAAGGAGAUCGAGGUGGACUCGUCCCCCUCGGUGCUGGAGAUCCUGGACACGGCGGGCACCGAGCAGUUCGCCUCCAUGCGCGACCUCUACAUCAAAAACGGGCAGGGCUUCAUCCUGGUCUACAGCCUGGUCAACCAGCAGAGCUUCCAGGACAUCAAGCCAAUGAGGGACCAGAUUGUCCGGGUGAAGAGAUACGAGAAAGUUCCUCUGAUCCUAGUGGGGAAUAAAGUGGAUCUGGAGUCGGAGAGGGAGGUCUUAUCUGCAGAAGGCAGAGCCCUGGCUCAGGAGUGGGGCUGUCCGUUCAUGGAGACAUCAGCCAAGAGCAAAACAAUGGUGGAUGAACUGUUCGCGGAGAUCGUCAGGCAAAUGAACUAUGCCUCCCUGCCUGAAAAACAAGAUCAGUGUUGUACAACUUGCACCGUCCAGUGAGAGAAAUAAAGAAAAACCUCAAUCAUGGCCAUACAGAGCAGAUAAAUCUCAGAGGAAACUUGCACAGAUGCUGCUUUGGAGAACUUUCAGCCCAGGUUGCAGAGCUGAGCCUUGGUAAACCUGUCUCUAUUACAGCACAUCGCCAUACAUCUAAGUGCGUAAGGUUGGUGGCCUCCAGGAUCCACACACCUUAAUCGGAAUGCUUAGCACGUUUACCAUAAGUUUAAAAAUCUGUUCUUUCUCUGUCAGUCCUUUUCUAGCUUUCUAGGUUCAUAUAAUGGCUAAUAUGCAAGAGUUCAUUUUUACUAUUUUAAUUGAUUUCUUUAAUCAAUUUCUGAACUUGUAUUUAUUAAAUACUUAAACUCAGUAUUACUACUCAAUGCCUUUUAAAAAGAAGAGAGUUUUAAUGGAGAAUCAAUUGAGCCUUAAACAAAUGGUUACUUCUGUAUAUUACCUCGCAUCAGUGCUUAUUUCUAUUUGCAAAGUUUUCUCCAACAAUGUAGCUGGUCGUUCUUUGGGAGUGUUUGUUGAUGUGUGACAGUGUCAGGGAAAGAUACUGAAGGCACCUCUGUUGUCUGGAUGUGGGAUCCCUUUUCUUGGCAAAUGCAGCUGGGAUAUUGUUUGUAACUGGUCCGGCUUGACAACAGGGAUUACUUGGAAUGGGAGGUUAAGUCUCCAGCUGAAGUUUUUCUUGCAGUUGUGGAUUUCUUAAACUCCUUUAAUAAAAAAAUGAUGAUUGCAGCAUUGAAAAAAGGCAGCACCCUUUCCUUCUGCUGAGUUUUUGAACUUGCGUGUUUACAAAUAGCUUCUCUAUGCCUUUGAAAAGGGAUAAUGCAUCCUUCAAAGCGAGCUGCAUGCUUGGUCAGUCAGCUCAGCUUUGCGUGGCGCAUUGAGAGACACCUAGUAGACCUCUGCACAUGUGUAAAUCUAAUGCAAAUAAGAUCACUUUACAUUUUAUAGUUCCUAAUAUUUGUCUUUCUGAAUAAUAUUUUAAAGCAAUAUUUGUUAAUGUUUUUCUUGCACUGUCACAAAUUGCUUUUUUGUUGUUUUUUUAUUUCCCCAGUAAACAAGUUUAAUACUAGAGACAAGAUGGUGUAAUGAGGGGAAAAGCACCAGGUUUCAGUGAUACAAACUGCAGGUGUGCUUUAAACAGCCAUUGCCUUCCUUUAUUGUUUACCUGAUCAACGUUUUCUCUCAAUACUUGAAAAUAUUAACAGUAACACAGGUAUAAAGAGCGGAAUGGAAAUGUACAAAGAGCAGAUAAAAUCGUUUUGUUCAGUCUGAUUAACCUGUUGCAUACAUGAGAGCUUUUACUAGCAGUGGUUUAAAAUGUGUAAAAUUUUUUGCAGAAGUUUAACAACUGCAGCUCACCUACUGCACCAAAGUUCUAGGUUUUUAGGAGCCCAGCUUUAGUCAUUUGAACAUGCUUCUAGAAAUGUACUUUUUUUUUUUCUCUGUCAUAGCUAAAUGACUUUGAGAAAAGCUCCAGUAAAAGCAGCGAUGGGUACAUGAGGUUAAGCGGUUUAAAACUGACACAUUGUAUUGUGGAUGAUGGCAUUUAAAACAAUAAAAGAUCGGUACCGUAUCUCAACAUUAAUGUGUUUUAUUGGUAGUAGCACUGCAGGCUGACUUUACAGUAUUAGCAGACCUAAAGAUUCUGAGUCUACAUUCCGUGUGGAAUUUGAAUCCUGCAAAGAAGAGGAUACCAGUUUUUCUGCUUGGGUAUUGAAAGACCUGACUUUUUGCUGGGGGUUACUUGAAAUGUUUUUUUUCCCCUGUUUGUACAAACUUUAAAAACAGGCUGAGGCUAAUGUAUAGGUUGGCACUUUAAUAUCAGAAUUAAACCAAACCUUGUGUUCAAAGUAGAUUUUGUUUUGAAGUGGUGGUUGUUGAUCUUUUUUGUCAGUUGUAAGGAAGUAAUAGGAAAUAAAAGUAAUGGAUAAAGAUCUUAGUUUUUCUUUGUUUAAGGGGGAAAGAGUUGGUUAAUAUCAAUCGGUGGUUCGUUCCUAUGGGUAGUUAUCAAACCAGUGUUCAUUUUCAUUGACUUCAGCACAAAACAGAAAACAAAAAAAGAACAAAAAUAAUCUUAAAAAACUUAACCUAGGUUAGAGUGACAGGACUGGGAAAACAAGAGAUGGUUUCUUCAGCACACUUUGGGGGGAAAAGGGACCACAAGGUAUUUUAGGCUUCCUCGGUAGAUUGCAUGUGAAGUUGCUUAUUAGAGUAAGAGGCCGAUAACAAAUGCAAUAUGUAUUGUCUUUACUAUGGCAUCUGUUUAGGAGUUGUUCAAAUUACUGCAGUAGGGCUCUACAAAUGAAAAUGUAACCUAACACCAUAUAUCUAAUGUACUGUAUCAGUGAUAGGGGAAAUCUGGAACAACAAGUGCAAAAACGGAACAGUUACCUGUA